AUGGGCGCCGCGCGCCGUCUGCAGGCGGAGAUCGACCGCACGCUGAAGAAGGUGCAGGAGGGCAUGCACGAGUUCGACCAAAUCUGGGAGAAGGUGUAUGACACCGAAAAUGCAAAUCAAAGAGAGAAGUAUGAGGGGGACUUGAAGAAGGAGAUUAAGAAGCUCCAGCGGCUGCGAGACCAGAUCAAGAAUUGGAUCACUAACAGUGACAUCAAAGACAAAACUGCUCUUGUGGAUACGAGGAAAGCAAUUGAGCGGGAGAUGGAGAGGUUCAAAGUGUGUGAGAAGGAGGCCAAGACAAAGACCUACUCAAAAGCUGGGCUUGGUCAGGCUGCAAAAGUGGACCCAGAAGAGAAAGCCAAGCAAGAGCAAAGAGAGUGGCUGAAUGAGCAAGUGGAAAGCCUCAAACUUCAGGUUGACGAGUUUGAGAGUGAGCUUGAGAGCCUGUACACGGCUGCUAAGAAAGGCAAGAAAUCGCCUGAUCGGAAAAACCACCUGGAGGACUCUGUUGCAAGGCACAAGCAGCACAUUACUCGACUUGAGCAAGUCAUGAGGUGUCUGGACAAUGAGACAGUCAACGCUGAAGAUGUUGGUGACAUAAAGGAAAUGGUCGAGUGGUACGUGGAUCAAAACCAGGAGGACUUUGACAGUUUUGCUGUUGCCGAUGAAUGCUACGAUCCUUUGCUGGAUCGUCUCAAUGCUGUGGUGAUAUCUGCUCCAGCAACUGGUGCUCCUGUCAAGAAAGGAAAAGACAAAGACCGGCCUACUGGGGACGAUGACAGGGACAAGGAGCGAGAUAGAGAAAGAGUCGCAGCCAAGCCGUCAGUGUCCAUGCCAAUUCCAGUACCAAAGGUUGGUGGUAGCAGUGUUGAGGAUGAAGAGGACAAAGCCGAUGCUCAGGCCAGGGCAGCCGCUGCCCCUCUAUCAACCUCAGCAAGUGCUUCUCUAGCGAACUCCACUGCAGCCCAGCUGAAUGCUGUGGGAAACAACACGGCCAACACUGCAGCUAAAGUUGCUGGGAAUCAAUCGACUGUUCUUGCAAAGGAGGAUUCAGGCCCUGCAACUGCUUCAGCUGCCUCCAAGAAGAAGACAUGGCAGACAGCGCCAGUGCUGCACUCCAGUGUAUCUCCCCCUGUUGCCAUGCCGGAAAGUGAGAAUGGCACUGCCCAUGCACCUGCUGUCACAGCAGGAAACGAUCAAGAAAUGGCUUACCUGGCUUCACCUGCAUCCCAAGCACCUCAGGGCACUCCUCCAAUGAAGAUACCUGCUCCCAACCAGGCAAAGGCGCAGCCAGAGUCGAACGCUGCAUUUUCUGCAGGCACCAGUGGUGCAGUGUCUUUUGCAUCGGCGGCUGCUGGAGCUAGAACCGCGGGGCCUCCCCCUGUGGCAGUGCCACCACCGCAGGCCUCGCAGCCAGUUUGGGGGCUGGGCACUGCAGAUGAUAGUGCAUUCCCUGAGCUGGGCGCAGCACUUGAGAGGCGGCCAUCCCGAACAGAGCAGGGUCCAGCGGACCAGAAGAGGAUUUUGACACGGCUGCAGCAUAUGGACAUCAACAGCUCGUCUCAGCCAUCUGCAGUGCCAAGUUCAACAUCGCCAGGGCCACAAACCGGGCCACUAGUCAGCCAGACAAAUGUCCCAGGUCCAUCGCAGACCAACGCCAAUCAGCCAGGCGGGCUCUCGUACAAUGCCAAUGUGCCUGGCUCAGAUCCGACCCAAGGUCAGACUACAGGUGCAGCAGCACCAUCAGCGUCCCAGGUUCCCCUGCAACAGACAGGGCCCCUUGGGCAGGCACUGCCACCUUCGACAGGACAGGCCCCUGCACAGCCCCAAGACUUCUUGGAGGGUUCACAUUUGGCUGGCAUAGUGGACCUCAAUCAGCUCAUACAUGAGCUCAGUCUUGAUGGGACACGACCUGAAGGGGGUGGUGUGGUGGCGGCGCCAGGGCAGUAUGAGAACAAUCCUGCUCAGAGUCUGCAAACACUCCAAGCAUGCUGCAGGAGAUCGAUGCCCCAACCAGGUGACUCAGACUACAAAACGGACUUGUCAAACCAUGCCAAUCGUGUGACCCCUCACUUGCCCGCCUCGUAUCCCAUUCAUCGGCUGCCACAGCUGGACGACGGGAACUUCUUCCAGAAGAUAGACCAGGAGGCUCUCUUCUUUGCUUUUUAUUAUCAGCCAGGUUCCACUCAACAGUUCUUGGCUGCUCGGGAACUGAAGAGGCAGGCAUGGAGAUACAAUAAAGAACACAAGGCAUGGUUCCAGCGGUCUGGUGAGCCCAAGGCUACAACAAAGGACUACGAACAGGGGAGCUAUGUUUACUUUGACAAGACCUUCUCUCCUGGGAGUUCAGACAACCCUGCCGAUGUGAAUGGCUGGUGCUAUCGGAAGAAGGACAACUUCACCUUCCGAUAUGAUCAGUUGGAGGAUGAGCUGCAAUGA